CCGCCUGCCGUAUUUAUGGGAAAACAAGCGGCGGCAGAGCGUUGGGCCGAGCCGUGCCGUGCUGUGCCCUGCCGUGCCGUACCUUGCUGGAUCGGGCGGAGCCGGGCCAUGGCCCCCGGGGCGGCGGCAGCCCCAGCCUAGCGCGGCGGCGGCGGCUGGGUGAUGAGGCGGGGGCCGCUAGAGCGGCGGGUGCGGAGCAGUGCUGGGAUGGAGGCGCCACAGGCCCCUCAGCCACCUCAGCCCACCUCAGCCCCCACUGUUGCUGCUGGACCAGUGUGGGCUUCCAUCCUCUGAGGCCGUCUGACAGGGAACUGGCAGGAGAAGAGUGGCUUUUAAGAUGACACGAACAGACCCACCUGACAUCCUGGUGUCCACGGUGUACCAAGACAUCAAGGUGGCGACAGCAGCCCCUGGGGAUUCCAUUGUCUGUCAGCCCCUGCCACAAUGUGACGCCUCCAUGUCCUCAUCCCUGUCCCACGAGCCACAGCCCUUCAACAAGCGCCACUGCAGGAGUUUUGACUUCAUCGAGUCGCUGGAGGAGCUGGGYACCUCCCCGGCCAUGGAGCGCGCCUGCCCGCGCCCCAGCGUGCCUGAGRCCACGCCGGGACCACCGGGCAGGCGGGCGCCACCGAAGCCAGASCCCUACAGCGGCAGAGCCCCUGCACCACGGAACGAGCCAAAGCGCCGCGCCCGCUCCAAGAGUGCCCCGCGGGUAAAGUCUACGCUGACCCCGGUGCCCAUCACCGUGGUGGCAUCACCACCGACAGCCCGGCGGGGGCGGGAAGCGCUGCGGGUGGCACGGGAGCCUUCCCACACUGAUCCCUCGCCGCGCCGUGAGGGCCCAGUGCCGCUGCGGGUGCUGGCCAACGAGGUUCACCCCAUCAAGCUGCAGCCACAGCGCAGCAGCAUCAGCCGCAUCUCCCCAGUCUGCCUGGGCAGCAACUGCUACGAGGAGGGGCUGGGGGCCAAGGUGGGCGCCAGCCCCCACGUAAAGUGCCGAGUGGACAUCAAGCCGGAUGAGGCAGUGCUGGUGCACACGGCACGGAGCCUGCGGGGAACCCCAAACCGCUCGGAGCCGCUGCGCUGGCCCCGCACACCCGGGGUCGCCCGCAGCCUGGCCGUGCCAGGGAGCCGGCAGGCAUCCAUGUCCCGCACACCCACCCCCAGCGACUCCUACAGUGGGGAGCCCCCACUCCUGCCCUACCCCAGCGAGUACUACGAGCCAGACCCCCGGGCACUGGCGUACCAGACAGUGCCGGUGCCAGCCUCACGGGAAUUCAGGGAGUACCCCGACAGGGGCUGCAUGACCUUUUCAGCUGCCGGUGUCCCAGCCAAGUUCUUCUACGCAGAGGAGUCAGCRCGGUGCCCCAGCCCUGCCAUGCCCCUCCGCAGCUCGGGCUAUACCAGCUACCCCUACCCAAGUCGCCAUGCUGUGCCCCAGCCCUUCUACACUGAGGACCCAGCCAAGGCUGCUGUUCACACGAUGCCACCCCGGACAGUGUACGUGGAGGAGGCACGGAGUUACCCGGUGCAGGAGGCACCUGCUCGCACCUUCUAUGGGGACGACCCCCGCUAUUAUGCCCCACGUGGGACCCCUGUAAAAACCCUUUAUGCUGAUGAUGCUAGGACAUACCCAGCCCUCGGCUCCUCUGCCAAGCUGUUCUAUGCUGAGGACUAUGGGAAGUACCGGGAGCGGGAGGUGAUGUCACGCACAUGCCCCCCACCCCGCAGCGCACAGGCCCUGCACUUUGGGGACUGGUACUGCCCCGAGCGGGCCACGCUGCCCUACCAGAGCCUGCAAGUGUCACGCUUCACCCCGCAGCCGGCCGGGCGCGAGGCCAUGUUCUCCUCCUGGCACGCCAGCUACGGCGUGAAUCCACCACGGCUGGGCCGGGAGACCCAGCACUACUCCAAAUCCUGGGAUAACAUUCUGGCGCCAGCAGCGCGCAGAGAGGAGGCCCUGCAGCGUGGGCGUAGCUAUGAGAACCUGCUCACCCACGAACAGCACCGUGCCUUAUCCCCUGAGGAGCGCCGGCAACCCGUGGUGAUCAACCUGUCAAGCUCACCCAAGCGCUACGCGGCCCUGUCCCUCUCUGAGAGCUCCAUCCUUGAGCGGGUGCACGCUGAUGGCAGCCGCGGGCCCCCAGGCCGCUCCUGGUAUGUCACACCUGAGAUCACCAUCACCGACAAUGACAUCCGCACCGACGGGCUGGGCCGGAGCGACAGGCGCUCGGCCAGCUGGGACAUGCUCGAUGCAGGGCAGGAGCGUGGGCCCUACGCUGUGCCCUGUGCCCCACAACCCGGCCCCAGGGAAAGCAGCUCAGGACGCCAGCGCAGCCUGGAGCAGCUGGAUGAGCUCAUCACUGACCUUGUCAUUGACUACAAGCCAACACCAGGCCACCGUGCCAGGGACAGGGACAGCCUCGCCGAGCAGCUCAAGCAGCUCCUGAGCAGUAGUGCCCCGGGGCCCCCCCGGCGGGGCGAGGGCAGGCGGAUCCCUCACAAUGUGCCCGAAGGACCCCGACCCACAAAGGAGCAGCCAGGCCCCAGCUCCCACACUGGCACCCCACGCCCCCCACCCGCCCCGCCAGCCACCGGCCCCUUCGAGAAGUCACCAGAGAACUGCUCGCCCGACCUGAGCGCCGAGGAGGAUGACAUGAUGAUGUGCUCCAACGCCAAGUGCCGGCGCACGGAGACCAUGUUCAAUGCCUGCCUCUACUUCAAAUCCUGCCACAGCUGCUACACCUACUACUGCUCCCGGCACUGUCGGCGUGAGGACUGGGACACACACAAGGCGAGCUGUGUCUACGGGCGGGUGGGCAGCGUCUGCCGCCACGUGCUGCAGUUCUGCCGUGAGAACACCGAGGUGCACAAGGCCUUCUCGCGCAUCGCCAAGGUGGGAUACCUCUCCCGUGGCCGAGGCGUCCUCUUCCUGGGCUUCCCCAAUGCAGGCUCAGCCGAGAACUUUCUCCAGUUUGGGCUGGAGAGCCUACUGAUGUCCCCYACUUACCUGUCUCUACGGGAGCUGGACAGCUACUCAGAUAACCUGGGGGAUUAUGCCCAGGAGCUGCGAGAGACAGGCAACCAGUACGACCCCAACGAAUGUUUCCUGCUGAAUGUAACCGUGGCCGUCACCCAGAAAGUGCCAGAGAGGCCAUCACCGAAGAUGCAGGUGCCAACGGUCAGGAAAUAYGCCAAGGUAGCCUUAGCCUCCUCGAGCCCUGAGAAAAAGAUCUUGAAGAAGGAGCGGGACAUGGAAACGUUGAUCCUGACGCCACCACCCGGCACAGCUGACAUCGACAAGGACGGGGAGGAGGGCCGGAAGGCACGGGAGGUCUGUUUCAUCAACAUCCAGCGGGAGCUGCGCAUCCGCGGUGUCUUCCUGAGGCACGAGUUCCCCGCUGUCUACGAGCAGCUCUGCGACUUCGUGGAGAGCAACAAGCGCUUCACCCCCACCACCAUCUACCCCAUCGACAAGAGGACGGGCAAACAGUUCAUGUGCAUGAUCAUGGCAGCCUCUGAGCCUCGCACUCUCGACUGGGUGGCCAGCCCCAACCUCCUGGAUGAUAUCAUGUGAACGCAGGGCAGGGGGCACGCCCUCUGUAGAUACAUGCUGUCCUGUCAGAACCCCAUGGGCUGUGACACCAAGGGGAGGGGGCCGGGGGAGGGGGGGUGAUGGGAGCACAGCCUGAGGUUUGCUCUGGAGCCCACUGUCUAGUGAGCCGCUGCAGAGCCCUCUCGGGUGAGCAGUGCUUGGCCAGAGCGAGGGCACCCCACACACASCCCAGCCCCUGCCCACCGGGCUGCCACACACACCGAGCCCCCCGGGCCUGCCCCAGGGCCCCUCCAACACCGAGGGUCCCGCAGCGACCAUACCCUGUUGGGCUGCACCAGGACCGUGUCGCCACCGUGUCUGUGUAUCCUGGGCGUGUUACUGCGGGAGCGUCAGGUGCUGGGGGGGCCCUGCAAGAGAGACUGGAGGAAUCCGGGGUGUGCCGGGAUCCCACGGGCGCUGGGCACAGGGCGCCAGGGCGGGGGGGGGUCCCUGGACGCU